AUGGCGGAACAGCCUACUUCUGCUGCUUCCCCAAAGUCCCUGCCGCCGAACACGCCUACCCUCCGAUGGGGGAUGUAUGCAGUCGUCUUGGAGAGGGCGGUGCGCGAGUUCAACCUUACGACGAGGGGGGAACAUUUCCUACAAUACAUGUCCAAGGCACUCUUCGGCAUGGAGACUAACUACGACGAAUACACGGUCCAGGCGAAUGCGAAAGCCUACAAGUCGAGAGCGCUACAUCCAGGACGAGACCGGCUGCGACAGGCGAAACAUGUGGUAAAGGCUAUUGUAGAAAAGAGCUUCGUUGCGACUGCUGGUGCUGUUAGCGUGAGGGCGGUGACUGCAGCAAUGGUAGCCAUGCGGAAGUGAGAGGACGGCGGUGACAGCAGCCACACGACAGCAACAGCUUCAGCGACAAGAAAGUUACCCCUGGCUCAAACAUACCCC